AUGAAUACAGGACAGAAGUAACUCUAACUAUAUGGAUGAAGUCGAGACAGAAACGCAAGGAGUUGAUGAGACGAAGAUGAGGUCAGAUCUUCUCUGGCGGAUUACCAGUUCAUCUCCUCCGCCAACUCGCUUUCUUCUUCUAUCAUCGUUCUUCCUGCUUCUCCACUUAAUUUCCUCCGCUGCCUCCGAUACGCCUACAGCAUACGAUGAGCUAUUGGAGUACGAUUUUCCGGUUGGCCUUCUUCCGAAAGGCGUCACAGGCUACGAUCUGAACAAAGAGACCGGAGAGUUCAAGGCAUACAUGAAAGAGACCUGUUCUUUCAAAAUUCAGGGCUACGAUAUCAAGUACAAGUCAACGAUUAGCGGCGUGAUAGAGAAAGGGAAGCUGAAAAAUCUUAAGGGGAUAAACGUCAAAAUACUGGUGGUGUGGUUGAACAUCGUGGAGGUGACUCAUGUCGGCGAUCAAAUCAAUUUCUCAGUCGGAAUCCUAGCGGCCGGAUUUGAGGUGAGUAAUUUUCUGGAAUCACCACAGUGUGGUUGUGGAUUUGAUUGUAAUGGUAUGGUUUCGGGUUCGGAUCACAAGUUUUUGAUGUCUUCUUAGUGAUCUGAGUUUGUCCAUGGCUGUGAUGGCAACUGCGCAAAUAAUUCCAAGGACCAAGUUUGCAUCAUGAAUUGAUAAUCGUAAAUUGUAUUUGAUUACAUGUUUCCCAAAUAAUUGUGUCAAAUUGAACAAAUUGUCGUGGAAACCGAUGAAUUGGCUUCUAAAUCCAGAAAUUUCAAUUGAUUAA